UUUUUGUUAUUUCGUUGAAUAGUCCUUUAUAGUAUUUUAAUAUAAAAUUAUCUUUUAUGUUUAUAUUCUUUGUAUGGAAGUUAAUAUUAGUGAAUUAUUCAUAUAAUUGUAAAUAAACUAAUUUGUAUAAAAAAAUUGUAUGUUGUAAUUAAACUUACGUGUCAUUUUUCGAUAGAAUUUAUCAUUUUUAUUGUACCAAAAUCAUAAAAAUAAAAAUACUUAAUUUUUAAUAUGGAUACUAAUAACCUAACUGUUGUGUUUGACAUGCAGACUUUUUCAAAGGUACUAUUACUAAUUUAUUUGUUUUCUUGAAUUACUUUACAUAAUUUAUACAAUAUAAAUAAUAAAAGAUUGGAUUGCACAUUAAACUAGCUUUUAUUAUACUACAGGUUUAAAUCACAUAUUAAAAUAUUUAAAGGUUACUAACUAAAAUGUAAUGUAUUCCUGUGGCUGAUGGGAUAAGCACAUAGUUUUUGGUUUAACUAAAUAUAAUUAAUCUUAUUGUAAGAAAACUAGUUUACCUGUUUAACAAUCCAAAAAAGUUGCAUUAUUAGUUUUCUUCUACAUUUGUAUAAGUUAAUCACAUCUACUUUUUAACAUUCUACCAAAUAACAUUUCCACUUCUGAUUAAAUGCAUUAUUAUUAAAAAAUAUAACCAACAUGUUAUACAGUAAUUAUUCAAAUCUUUUUUUUUAUAGUUAUUUCAUUAAUUGAUUCAACAUACAAAAUGUUUUUAAAAAAAUAAUAGUAAUCUAAUUGUAUCUUAUCAAAUUAAUUAAAUAUAAACAUAUGUAAACAAAGUAUAGCCUUUUGAUUUAAAGAUGGUUAACUUUUGUUAUAGUAUAAGUUAUUAAUUAUAUUGUCAUGUUAUAAAAUGAAUUAUAAUUAGUUUUUCUCAUAGGAAUCAUUUUCUGUUGAUGAAUUUUUAACCGAAAAUCGAAAUAAAAUGACCUUAGAAAAUAUGAGAGUUGAGAUGGGCAUCUUUCUUAAAGAUCUUCGAAAUAAGAUGAUUAACUCACUUAAUGAUGAUUGUGAUAAAUAUUUUUAUUUAUCUAGGGGAUUAAUUGGCAUUGAUCAGCAAUUAGCCACUCUAAAACCUGAAUUAUGUUUAUUAAGUAACUCAGUUAAUGUAUGAUAUUAUAUUAAUAAAAUUAUAACUAGAAAUAUAAAAAUAUUAACAUUUUUAUUCAGGUAGCUAAAUGUAAUUUGGAAAAUACUUUGAGCAAUCUAGAUAACGAAAUAAAAUUGAAUAAAAAAAUAUUUGAGGAUAAACAAUCAUUACAUACUAUUGUUAAAGUUCAAAAAUCAUUGGACAAAUUGGAUGAAUUGUUAUUGGAUCAAAAUGAUUUUAAUAUAAUAAUUUUAACCCGAGCUGUCACUGAAUAUAAUCAGCUCAUGUCUAAUAUGACUAAAUGUACCAAUUUAUUGAAAAGUAUGCAUUUGAAGGUAUGUAUGAAAUAUUGAUUUCUCUUUUUGCUAAUUAAAUUUUAUAUCUUUUGAAAUUUGAACCCGAAAGAAAAAAAUUUGCCAAACUUACUUUAAUUCAUUGAUAUUUUUAGCGACAAUCAAUGCUGAAUAAUUCACUUAUAAAUAAAUUGAAUAAAACAUUUGUUUCUUCUAUUUCAACUGAUGCAAAUACUUUGAAACAGUUUCUUGAACUAUAUUUAUCUUUGGGUAAAAUUAAAUCUGCUGAAAAUGUAUGUCGGACUGAUAUUAUCAGACCAGCAAUAGAAUCUAUAUUAAAUGAAAGAUAUUUGUGGAGUUGUAAUGGUGGUUUAAAAGAAUUGUACAGCCAGUGUUAUGCAUUUCUUCAAGAAGAUUUAAAAUAUUUACUUCAAGCUGCAGCAGAACAAAAUAAUGAGUAUAGUUUAUUUACUAAUUAAUGUUAAAGCUCAGAAUUGAGUAAUAAAAUGAGUAUAGUUUUGCAUGUUUAUGAUGAUUAUAUGCAUUAUUAUAGGAUUUAAGAAUGUCAAAAUUAGAAGGUUAAGUUAAAUUAAAAUACAAUAUUUUAUUUUGCAUUUAAAAAAAGGGGAUAAUUUUUAAAAAAAAAGUAAUAACUAGUUGUUAUUUAUUAAUAUAUAGUGCACAAAUAAUUAUACAUAUAAGUGUAAAUCAUGUUUGUAAUAAACCAAUAAAAAAAAAAAAAAACAUAAAUUAAUCAAAACUUUUCAAAUAUUGCCCAACAUUAUAAACAUAAAAAAAAAUAACACAUACAAAUUAUUAUAGUUAUAAAAAGAUAAUUGUGAAAACAAUGUUAUAAUAAAUAAAUAAUUCCAAGGUUUCGGUCAUUUAUUAUUUUGAUCAAAUUUUUGAUUAUAUGGAGAUAUUUGUUACAAACAAUUAUUAUUCAUUUUUUUCUUUAAAAGUUUGAAAAAAUCUUCACAUUUAUAGUGUUUAAAAUUAAAUUACAACAUCAUAACAACUUUAAUAUUUUCUAUUUAAAAACUAUUAUAUUAUUUUUUUCCAUUGAUUAAAAAUAAUAAAAAUAUAUUAAUUUAUUUAAAAUGUUUUAAAAACUUGUCACUAAAAAUUUUUUCUUCUUUAAUUUACUCUUAUAUUGCAUUAAGUUAAAUUUUUACUUUUAUCCUUUAAGUUAUAGGUAAUAAAAUAAACAAAUAAAUAAAUAUUAAUUCAAAAUUGUAAUAAUUUAUCAUUUAUCCAUGGUACUGUAUAUAAGAUAAUUGUUAUAAAUUAGUACAUUAAGCAGAAAGUAAUCUAUCGAUUGAUAAUACUUUUGUGAUUUUUUUUUUCCAAAUCUAAAAUUAUUUAUACAAAUAAAAAUAGUAUAUUUUAAUAUUUAUGUAAAAUCCUGGACAAACGAGAACAUCCCUCAAAACAAGACAAAUUAGACAUGUGAUUACUCUAAUUUUGCAUAUUAAUAUCUUUUAGGUAUAAAUAUGUAUAAGUAUACAUAUUUUACCCAAUCCCCACUAAUAUAAUACCAUAAUACUAACAUAUAUUGUUCACAUAGUUGAGGAACCUAUCUUAUUUUAAUAAAUAAUUGUAUGAAAUAUAAUUAUAUUUUCUACUAAUAAUAUCUAUCACUUUUUUAAUGUGUACUUUAAACAUAAAAUUAUAAAUUAUUUAAAAACUAAAAAAAAAAUUGAAAAAUUUACUACUUUUAUUACUUUAAUUUUAUCCCACUUACAUGGGUCAUCUAGUCCUAUUCUUACCUUUAAUGUCUUCCUAAUCAUCACCAUUUAUUUGUUUAUUUCACAUGUCUUAAUAUCUUUUUGUAUAAAUAUAACUUUUGUUUUUUCUUUUAUAUACAAAUUUAUAACCUUCAAUAUUAAAAUAAAUAUAUAUUAGUGUAUGUUCAUUCUAGACUUUAAUUAGUUAAUUCUAUAAAUUCCAUUUAUUAAUUUUUUGCAAAAUAUUUGUUAUUAUUUUAUAGAAGUUACAAAUUCAGCAAAUUUGAUUUUGUUUCAAAAAGCUUUUGGCCUGUUUUCUUUGAUCAAGUAAAAAAUAAUUUGCAAUGUAUUUUUAACUUGAGAGAACCUGAUAUUUUCAUAAAAGUAUGAAUUUUAUCUUAUUUUAAAAUCUAAAUAUGAUUCUAAAACCAAAUUAUAAUUAUUUUAGAACUAUAAAGUAACAUUUAAUGAAUUUAUGAAGCCCUUAAUUGAAUUAUCUAUUUCACAACACGAAUCUGAUCCAUUAUAUAAAGUACCAAGUUGGAAUGAUUUUAAAAAAUGUUGGAAUUUGCCUAUUUACUAUCAAUAUCGGUAAGUCUAAAUAAUUUAUUUAAAACUUUAAAAUUCAUUUUUUUAGAUUUGGAGUGUUACGAGGAAUGUAUUAGUUUUACAAUGAUGUUCAUUUUUAUGAUCAUUAUUACUUUUAACAACUUUUCUAAUCUUAGUUUAAUAUAUUAAGUGUAGCACCUUAUCUGAAAGAAAAUUUAAUCUAUUUGGUGCAUUAAACAAGCCAUUUUUUGAUUUUCCAAUGUGCUCAUAAUUAUUAGAAAAAAAAAGAAAUUUAUGUUCAUGUAUGUAAGAAACUUCGCUCCGAAUUGUUUUUUGUUAGCAAUAGUUGAUCGCUGUGUGCAAAUAUAAAUUGAAUUGCCCUUUAUAUCCUAUUUCCCCAACUUAUCACCUGCAACAGUAUAUCUGUUUUUUUUCUUUUAUUAAACAUUAUAAUAGUAUAAGAAUUUAUGUUUAUAUUAAAUUCAUCUUACAUAUAUAUUUUUUAAAAUACAUAAAUUAAUUUAAGGUAUCAAGAAAUUGGAUAUUGUGCUGAACAUGCCAUGAAUCAUGAGAGUUAUGAAUCAUGCAAUGAUGAUACAUUUAAACUUAAAGUCACAAAAACAGUAUGGGAAUGUAUGUGUUCUUGUUUAGACCCAAACAUCUUCAUAAUUCAACUGAGUCAUAGGUUAAAUAUUUAAUGAUUAAUAAAAUUAAAAGAAUUAGUUAAUUACUUAACAAAUUUAUUUUUGGUUUAUCAUUUCAGAUUUUUCAAAUUUAUAUUGCAGUUAAUUUCUAGAUAUCACACUUGGGCAGAAGAUGCUAAUUUAAAAUCUAAGACUGAUUUAAAUGAUUUUAGCACUCGUAUUAAAUUCCUUGAAGAUUUGGAAAGUGAUUUAAAAACAUUUUAUUUUAAAUUACAUGAUAUCUAUAUUAUGUUGGAAAAGUUACUACACAAAAAGGUACCAGAUGAUGUUUUAGAAUUACAAAAAAGUAAGUAAACCAUACAUUGAAUGAUUAUUUAUAAUUUUACAUUUUCUUAUAUUUAAAUAGGUAGUAUUGUAAACAUAAAUUUAAAUUCACUGAUCAAUGAUUUAAGUAAGUGUAAAGUAAAAUCUGUGACAGAUGAAGCAAUGUCUCAUGUAAUACGGGUAACUGAUGUACCAAGAUUAUUCAGACAUACAAAUCGUGAUUAUCCAACAGAACCAUGUGCUUACAUGAAAUCAAUUGUAACCACAUUAGAAACUUUACACAGUAAAAAUUGUAAAAAACAAGUAUUAGACCACACAGUUACACAGUAAGUAGUUAUUCAAAUAACAUCAGAAUUUAAAUGUUCAAGUUUUCAUUAACAAUACAAAACAAAUAUAUUUUAGAUAUGUUGCUUAUGUUGAUGAUGUUAUGAAAGCUAUAAAAAAAACUGAAGAAAGCCUGAGAAAAUUAAAAAAGAUAAGAGAUCCAAACUAUAAAGUUAACUCUGAUGAUGAUAAAAUUCGUUGUCAACUAUCAUUGGAUAUCAAUUAUUUAUUACAGUCUGUAAGUACAAUAAUGUUUUAAAAUUAUUAUUAGUUUUAGUAUUUGAUAAAUGUUUUUCAGUCUAUAUAUUUUUAAUUUCUUGUAAUUAGUUAAAUAGUUAUAACUGUUUAUUUAAAUUUUAUAAAUACCAAUUAAAAAUAUAUUUAAUAUUAAAUUUAAUUAUUCAAAGUAAAAAGUAACAUAAUUUGAAAAUAUAACUAACUUGUAUGUCAAAUGUCUAUGACUACAUUUUUCUCGUAGAUGCACAUGUACAAUUAUUUAAAUAUUAAUUUAUUAAAUGCAUAUACUAUUUAAUUUGAAAAAGUAGUUGUAGACCUUGAGUAAACUAGGAUUUUGGAUAGGAUAUAAAUAUUGAAUUAUACAAUUUGUAAAUCUGACAGUUCAAUGUACUAUUUGUAUUUGUAUUGAUAUUAAAUUAUUUUAUAAAGUAGCUGAUUGCAAUUUUGUGAGCAUUUAAUUAUCCCAAAAGUAUCUUGUGAAAGAAAAUGUAUAUUAUUAUAUCAAUAUUAGACAUAAAUGGAUCAAAAUUAGUAUUAUUAACUAAACUAGAAUUACAAUUUUAAAUACUCUACUGCAGUGUAGAAAAAUAAAUUAUUUCACAAUUUUUAUCGAAAUAAAUUAUGAUAGAAAAUUUACAAUAAAAAUAUUAAUGAUGGGCUUUAAAAAAUUUCAAAUUUAUUUUGUUUUUAAUUUUUUAUCAUUGUUACUAAUUAACUUUACUAGUUGCACAAAGUAAAAAUGUACUUUUAACCUCCAAUAGUACUUGGGCUUUGUUAGUCAUAUAAACUUGAUUUUGUUGCCAAAAUAAACAUGAGAAGUUUCACGCAAAUGUCUAUAACAUAUUAACAUUUUUGUAAUAUAUUAGAUACUAACUAUUCAUAAACAAAUAGUGCAAAGCAAUAAGUAGUUAAGCACUAAUCUAUAAUUCAAUAUAUGUAGUAUGUAUUUAGUUAACAGCUAACAGAUGGUACUUAAAAUCAACUACAAUUUUAGACUACAAUAUACAUAUUAAUUUAAUACAAUUAAACUAAAUUAAUAAAUACAAUACCUAAAUUAAGUCUAGAUCUUGAGACUAACUAAAUUAUUAAUUUAUUUAAAAAAAAAUUUUUUUUUCGAAAUUGAAUAUAAAGAAAGAAUACAUUAUUUAAUUUCAAUAUUUACUCACAACUAUAUAGUUAAUUAUAUUUAUGUAAAUACAUUUUUAAGAAUAUUACACCUAGACGUUUUCUUUAUUUUUUACACAUAAAAUAAGAUAUCAAAAUCAAUGUAUAAUAUACCUUAGCAUUGGUGUAAGAAUUCUUAUUGUUUUGAAGGUUAAAUAAUUAAAAUUAAUAAGAAUGGAAUGUGAUUUUUAUAAGCUAUAAAUUUAAAAAUAAAAAUAAACAACAUUAGUGUACUCUUAUUAAAACAAAUUGUAAUCAUGAAGUUAACAAGAUUGUAGCUUUACUUUAAACCUUAGGAUAUAUUAAUAUAAUGUAAACAAUUCAAAAUUAAUAGUUCAUAAUAUUAUUACUAAAAUAUUAAAAAAAAAAAAAAAACUAUUCUUCAGUGCUAUUUAUUUCAAUUAAAGUAUAUUGGCGAAUACCACUAAUGUUAUAAAAUUGUAUACAUUAUAAAAACACUUGACAUACAAACAUAAUUUAUUAUUUACAUUAAUUGAAUAUAUAUUUAAUUUCAGAUUGGUGGUAUGAGUUUACCAGAAGUUGAUGAAAUUGUAUUAAAAUUAGACACUGUAAAACAAACAAUUGUUAUUGAUAAAUUAUCAUAGACAUUAUAAUAUUACUAAAUAUAAUAAUUUAUAAAUAUAUUAUACAUAUCAUUGUUAAAUUAAUCAAAUGUAGACUUACAUUAACUGGGCCUACACAUAUAUAUCUGUUCUGGUAUUUCUCCUUCAUCAGGUCUUCUCUCCAUAUCAAUAUCUUGUUCUACGGAUCUUCUCAUGUUAUGCAUUAUUAUUUCAAAUGGAUCAGCUAUCAUACGCCUUUGGUUUAACAAAGCUGUUGUUUUAUAGUGUUUCACUGCAAAUGUAUUAUCUACAUCCUAUAAAAUUAUUUUAUAUUACUUUAUUUAACUGUUUUUAUUAAAACUGUAUUAUUUAAAAACAAAAAAUUGUACAUCUGAUAAUGGAGUCCAUAAUUUUACUUCGUUAUCAAUACCACUAGUUGCUAACAUAAACUCUGAAGGAUGUGGUUGAAGACAAUUAACAAUUGAAGUGUCUCCUUUCAAUAUAAGUAAAUUGUUCUCGGUAUUCCUAUCCCAUACAAAAAAAAAGCCAUCAUCUGAACCAGCUACUAUGAAUUGACUUUGGCUAUACAACCGGAUUAAAAUUAAAUAUUUACUAUAUAUUCAAUUUGUUUAUGUAUUAUGAAAAAUUGAACAUUUACCUUCCAAAAAAAUUAGCUUCUUUAAUAUCAGUAGACGUAUUACAAUGACCAUAAUAUCUAUGAUGGUAAUCUUUGACAUGUUUACGAAAAUAUAAUUCUGCUGACAUAUUUUGGUAUCGUUUUUCUCCUAGUUGUCCAAUAUCUUUAUCGCCAUCUCCAGUACUAUUACUAUUAUCUUCACAGACAUCUAACAAAUAAAAAUAUUUUAAAUUUAAACUAAAGAAUUUAUAUAAACCACUAAAAGUUUAAAUGCAACUAUUAUGAUUACCGCGAGUUUUCUUUUCAAUUUUCUGUUCUACGAGUAAUAAAUCAUCAUGAAGAAUUUUGAAGGCUACACUAGUUUUGUAUGAUGGAUAUUUCAUUGUGAACUGAUCCAAAUACAUUUUAGAAUCUUUGUACUUUUUUAAUUCAUACAGACAUAAGGCCAAACGGAAAUGAGCUUUCAUGUGAUUGGGGUCCAAUUUUAAUGCAGUCACACAGUCUAUAAGAGCUGCGUAGAAAUCACCAUGCCAUUUUCUUUUUAUGUAAGCUGCAGCUCUAUUUGAAAAUAAGACACUGCACUCGAAAAUAUGAAUAGCUUUAUUAUAGAGGUUUAUAGCAGCAGUGUAGUCUUUAUUUUCAAAUAGAUAAUUUGCCUGUAAAUUAUAUUAUAAAAAUCAAAUUAACACACAAGAUAAUCAACAUUAUGUAAGAAACUCAUUAUCUUGGAAAAUAUUAAUAUUUUUCAAAAUUAGUUUAUUAGAACAUUUAAGAAACGAGUAACUCUAAAAUAUUAAAUUAAUCUUUUUU